AUGGAUGACACUGAUUUUUCAGAAGACACAACUUGCAAGCAACAGGAGGACUUGCCUUAUGAUGAAGAUCUCUCCCAAAUGAAGACAUGCAAUGAUUACAAUUUGACCUCAAGGAAUGGCUUCCUUGAUGUCUCAGGUCAAGUGAUGCUAACAGGCAAUGAUCUUCAUGGAAAGACUGCACAAAAUGACACCUGCCCAAGCCCAGCAAUGGCCCUGACUUGGGAUAAAAUUAUUGAAAAUACUGUCAACAAAAAACGUGAUAGAGAGAAAUGGUUUUCCAGGACUCACUUUCCAGCUAAUAAAGGAGAUUCUUCAAAGUCAAACAUUUCUGAUAUUUUACUCCAUCAUCUUUCUGCACAGCAGUUCUUCAGAGGUCAAGGCAUUGACUGUAGGACUCUCCCAGAGGCCUCUGCUGCUGACAGUGUGGACGAGGCAGCUGUUAUUAAAAAUAUAAUUUCACAUUAUGUUAAGAAUUCAUGGCCCAAAGAAUCAACCCCAGAAUUCAGGGAGCAACCAAACCCCAAAGGGGAUGGUGAAGACAGCAAUAAUCCGAGUUGUUCUUCAAGCAUGGUAGCAGGAAACACCUCUGGUCUAGAAGAGCCAGUGGCUACCAGAGAAAGUGGCCAUCAAGUGAAUUUCAACUUCCUGACUACAAUCAAGGGUCCAAGUGAUAAAGAAAAAGGUUGCCUAGGGCAGGCACCCCUGAAACAGCUGCCUGAAAAAGCAAGUUCAAGCAAUGGGUUCAAAAAUGACCAAGGGCAAGUUCAAAGCCAGCACCUGGAUUUCUGUAAGGUCACUCCCCGAGUAAAAAUCCCUAAAAACGCUGUAAUUAAUAAGCCACUCCUAAUAGCUAAACAAGCUAGCUUUUCUCCUAAGUUGAGAAAUCAAUCAAUGAUUGGACAAGAUAUUUUAGAUACAAUGUCUAGGUCAAAAUGUGUUGAAAAACAACAUUUAGAACAGAAAAGGAAAAUGACUGAAUCUUCACAACAAAUACAGCCACAACCUAUACGUUCCUGUUCAGCAGUAGAAUCUGAGACAAGUUUCUUGAAGUUGACGUCCAUCUCUUGGAAAGACCUUCCCUCAAGUUCUUCUUCCAUAUUUCAAAAGAUAUUCCAAGGGAAACAGAUGUGCCAGAAGUUAAAAGAACAGACUGAUCAACUGAAGACUAAGGUACAAGAAUUUUCCAAAAGAAUAAAACAGGACUCUCUCUGUCAUUUGCAAGACAGAAGCAUGGUCCUGGAGCGACUUCAAGGACACCUUGAAGUCCUGGAACAGGAUUUUGUCCCCACCAGGGAGAAGCAUCUGGCCUUGAAGCAGCAAGUCCUCAAGCAUGAAUCCCCAGCUUUGGGUAACUUUGAUCCUGAAAGGGAGAUCUUCAGGUUGGAGAUGCUGCUUGAAGGUAUUAAAGAGAAAACUGAGGAAAGCAGGUGCACCUCUGUUCUCUCUCCUCCCAUGAAUCCUCUAGUCAUCCCAGAUGACUUCUGUGCAACUCACCACACACACUCGCUGGAACUCUUUGGCCUAGACGUUUGCCAGGAAGUAAUUCACACUGUGGAAAAGCGUGUGUUGGGGACGGUUAUGCACACUGUUUGCACUGGGCGAAGGACUGUGCUCGGCCCUUAUGGGAUCUUAUUUGUCUUUUUUAGGAAGCAAAACAUGGAGGAAAAAGACCACAGAAGGAACUGUGGAAGAUUUUUAUCUGUCAUUCACAAAAAGGGACUGUACCAAGAUUCAUCUCCUGGUAAGUUGAGGACCAUGGGUAGUCACUUCUGUUCUGAUUCUGGCACUGGACUACAGAAUAACAAAUGUGAGGACUGCAGCACCCAGAUUCAUAACUCCCAAAGAGCCUGCAGUGGAGAACCACUGAAAGAGUUUCAUUAUAGAUACAACACCCCUGGACAGUAUUACUUAAAUCAUAGUGGAAGAGGUGCCUCUGUCCAGCCCCCCUCUUUAGAUGAAAGUAAGAAUUCUUCACCUCGUAACUUGUUUAAACCAAAACGGAUCUGUCCCCAGAGAGUGAAUUCAAAACGUUUCCAAGAUAAAUGUGAGCCCAUGCCACAAAAAAAAAAUCCUAAGACUUUCAUGACCUUCAGCUCAGCCCUCGCAAUACCCUCAACCCAUCUGCACUCCUGCAGGAUUUCUGGAAGCAAAUCCUUAUGUGACUUCAACAGCACCAAAGAAACAGAAUCUAAGAUGUUAAACUCAGCUUUGGAUCAAGCCCUAAAGACAGCCACCAUUUUGAAAAAAUCUACUGACCAAAUGAUUAAAGCCAUUGCAGAGGACCUUGCUAAAGCACAGAGACUGAGGAACGGCCUGAAAUUCUAACUCAACCCAAGGCAACUGAAACUGAGGUUAAAAGAAACAAAACCAAAACCAGAAAAUGUGAUGGUUGUCCCCAAAGUAUUUUAUUAGUGAAGAUGACCUUCUAGAGAAAACAUCAAAACCCUAAUAAAUGGGUAACACAAAGUGCUUAAAUGUAAAAAAGGACCUUUGAUUCUUAUUGAAAGCAACCAAGUAUUUACAUUAAAAUAUAUGUUCUUCCAAGUGCAUAAUAAAAUAAACCAAAACAAUAAAAUUUACUUUUACCUAUUAGUCUGGAAAAAAUUAAAGUUUGAAAACACUGUGUGUGUCACUGAAGAUGUAAGGAAACAGGUACUCUCAUAUGCUGUUAGUGGGAGUAUAAACUGGUGAAGUCUUUUUGAAAGGCAAUUUAGUAACAGUGAUGCUCCCUGACUUAUGAUGGGGAUACAUCCUGAUAAACCCCAUAGUAAACUGAAAAUAAGUCAUAAAUGCAUGCAACACACCCAUCCUACUGAACAUCAUUGCCUAGCAACACAUACACUGCAGAGUAUCUACUGUUUCUCUUGUGAUCGCGUUGCUGACUGGGAGCUGCAGCCGGCUCCACUUCCUAGCAUCAGAAGACAGUACUGCCUGAGUAUUACUAGCCCAGGAGAAGAUCAAAAUUCAAAUUUGAAAUACAGUGCCUACUGAAUACAUAAUUGAUUUCACACCAU